CAGUUGGCGUGGCGGACUCGCGGCGACUACCGCGCGCCGAACGUAGUCGCACGUCGAACGCGACCUUAUAAAAAAAAAAUUUAAAUCUUUUUCGAACACCGUUCGGCUGUAUAAAAUAAGUGUUUUUGCUAGUGAUGUGCGUUAUCUUUGGCUGUAUAUAAAGUGAUAUCUUGGCCCAAAGAUUCGAAUUGUCUGUGCUUCUUUUCAAUGUUUGAAGUGUUUUUUAAACACAUUAUUGUAAGGAAGUGACAGACGAGAGCGACGGCUGUGGCGCCAAGUUCUCAGUGGUCAUCGUGUCGGAUAGGUUCCAGGGGAAGCCUUUGCUUGCCCGCCACAGGCUAGUCAACUCAGUACUACAGGAAGAGCUCAAGUCCAUACAUGCAUUCACGCAAAAAACCCUAACGCCAGAACAGUGGAAGAAUUGAAUACAAUGAAAUAGAAAAAUAUAGUUUUUUUUUUCUUUUUUUCAAAUUUAAAUUGUUCCUUUUUUGAAAUGUUUGGAAUAGACACGUAUACGGUGAGCGUUUCGGCGCCUGGGAAGGUGAUAUUGCACGGAGAACAUUCGGUUGUCUAUGGCAAGACUGCUAUCGCUGUCAGUUUGGGCUUGAGGAGCUCGAUCGUCAUAAAGGAGGUGAACACGAUCGGUGAGCCAGCGGUUCACAUUCACCUGCCCUGCGUCGGCCUCCAAGAAGACAUACCCCUCACCCCCACCAUCCAGAGCCUGUUCAACCCCCAACUGUCCCCCAGUGUCAGCGGCAAGUUCUCCUGGAGGCUACCCGACAAGUUAGACCAUGACACCCAUCUGAAGAAAGUUGAGGAAUUCCUCCACAAAAUCAGACCGAACUUCGACAGUCUACCGAACAACCAGAAGAAUUCCCUGCGAAGCUUCUUGUACGUGUUCUCGGGUAUCUUCGGAAGCACGAAACUACAGGUCAAGUCAAUGGAUAUUUCCAUGGGUUCGGAGCUGACCAUAGGCGCAGGCACGGGGUCUUCGGCGUCGUUCGCGGUGUGCCUCGCCGGAGCCCUGAUAAGACUGUUGAAGCUGAAGAGUUCCAGCUACGAGUUCUACGACCAGAGUGAAGAUUUCACCUUGAAGGAGAAGGAGAUUGUGUCAGAAUGGGCGUAUAACUGCGAGAGGAUCAUGCAUGGGACGCCUUCUGGCAUAGACAACGCAACGUGCACGUUUGGCUCUCUGGUGUCGUUCAAGAAGGGCGAGAAGCCACGCUUCGUCGACAUUAGGCUGAACUUGAAGAUCCUGCUGGUGGACUCGCGGGUGUCUCGGGAAACACGGGCGCUGGUGGUGAAGGUGGCAACACUGAGGCAACAGAAUAGAGAAACGGUGGAUAAUAUUCUAGCGGCUAUGGACAAUAUUGCUCUUACAGCUCUUCAGGUUUUGGAGAAAAUCGGAAGCGGCAAGUGUGAGGCUGACAUUGAUUCGGAUUAUCAACAUUUGGCUGACCUGUGGGACAUGAACCACUGCCUGCUGUCGGCGCUGGGCGUGUCCCACCCGGCGCUGGAGCGCGUGCGCGCGAGCGCGCGCGCGCGCGGGCUCGCGUGCAAGCUCACCGGCGCGGGCGGCGGCGGCUAUGCUAUGAUCCUCAUCCCACCGGCAACGCCGCGGACAACCGUGGACUCCUUAUCGGGACAACUCCUCGAGUUGGGCUUCAAAGUAACGGAGACGAGACUUGGAGGACCGGGACUCACUCUAGAGAUGUGACAUCACACACAUAAUGAACCUCAAAAGAGAACAGACGCGACAAACACUGUCCCCGCACUAGAUAUAAUGAGAAACUUCGAAUUGCAAUUAAUAAGAAAUUUGGAGGUGAGAAACCAUGUUUCCGCAUCUGAAACGGUGAGAAACCAAGUUGAUAUUGUGAACUCUGAUACAGAUACUUUUGAAUCAGCGGUUAAAGUGAGAAAUGAUAUUCCAAGAUCUGAAAGUGAAAAAAUUAUGAGAAACACUGAUUUUGAAAGAAACCUAAACUCAAAUAUUGUGAAAAAUGAAAUCUCCAUCCGCCCGGAUAUCAAAGCGUGUUCAAAUCACAUAUCAAUAUCAACAAUUCCAAAAUCAAGUCUGCAAAUUUGUGAUAUACCACCAGAAGGUAUGUCACAUGGAUCUGCUCAAACGCUGGCCACGGGAACUGAAAAUUUUGUAUCGAAUAAAAGAAUUUAUUUGUCAAAUUCCAAUGGUGAUUCAAGAGAGAAUAGUGGAGUGAAUGUAAUGGAUAUGAAAGUGUUAAACGCACAUGAUAGUGAUGUGAAUAUAGUGCUUAUACAAAAACCAGUUACAAAGCGCUUUCGGCCGAGAUAGCACCAAAUUAACACUAUGUGACACUAUGUGAUAUGUUUAUUGUGUUAUUUUGUUAUGCCAGCGAGGCAGUUUGACGUUUGUCUCGUAAAAUUUGUUUGGACGUACGACCACAGACAUGUUUCGAAAUAGAUAAAACGCUUCUUCGUCAACAGUACAUGAACCAAGCGUGCUAAUUUUUUUUAUUGUGUAUGUGUGAGUGCUGCGGCGUGAGUCCGGAACCGAUUUAAAGUCGCCAAAACAAAGCUGCGAUUUGGAAUUUUUUGAAAUAUUCGUGUGACGUCCGACACGGGUAACGGCUGAGCGCAAACUAAAGGAGACAGCGUAAAAAGUGAAUAUCUAUUCUAAAUGAAGGAUGUUUAGAGGGUCUAUGUCGAUACAUGUCUAUGGUUACGACUAUCCAAUAUUUGAUUAUGGAAUACAAAAAUGUAUAUGUCGAGCAAAUGUGAAUUUUGAAAUUAGACUUCAUUUUGAAUAUUGCUCUUAAUUACCUAUGUCCAGUGUUAAUUACCCGGAUUGUUAUUUUGUCAGCUUUUUUCAACGGAUAGCAAAUAUUUAACCGGAUGACAUGUAAGUCAUGUCUACAAGCGUCUACGUUUUGUAGGCAAAAUCUUCGCCAUUUUUACUAUGGUCACAUCCUUAUUUGGAUGUUGUCUUUCGCAUACGAGAACUUGCCUCGACGUGCAAAUGUUUAUAUAUAUAAUAUUAGUUCGUGUGCUAGUACAACAAACAUUCCUAAUCGAUAUUUAAACAGUUUUUUAUGGCGUUGCGAUUACGAAUUGCGACAUUGAGGAUUGUAUGGUGCUGGGUUUUACGCGGUUUGCUCCUUUACUAUUUACAAAAAAUUUAACACAUAUUUCAUGAAUUUGAAAAAUUUUUCAGAGCAUGUAUUUAAUAGAAGCUACUGUCAAAGAUUUUACGUUCAUAAACUAUACAAAGUAAUUGUGUUUAGGGGUAAACUGGACGUAAAAGUUUACGCCCAGCGUAAAACCAUCGCUCCAGUCGGUUUCGAUCUUUAAAUAUUACGAAUAUUAAUUAAGUUUCCACUUUUUUAUGUGUUCAAUAUUACUUCUGUGAAAUAUAUAAUAUAUCAUGUUUGGAAGACUCGGCACUACAAAUUCUAGUUUUCCACUACAUAUAUAUAUAUAUAUAUAUAUAUAUUGAGAUGCUUCGAAUAUUAUUACUGUGUAAUAAAUGUGUGAAAUAGCGAUUUUAGUAUACCAUUGAUGCUGUAAGAACUUGUGAUUGUGUAUUGUUAAAGAUAAAUAAACAAGGCAACUUAUGAAAACUAUUAAUUCGCAAUAUAUAUAAAUUAUAAUUGAUCUGUUAUGGUACUUACAUGAUAUUUCAAUAUAUUUAGUUCCAUGUCAAAUUAAAUAAUGAAUGAGGCAUACAAUGCUUAGAAUAAUAUAUCCAUAUAUAUUUAUUUUAUGGUCAGUUGGCAACAGCAAUCUGAAAGUAGUAGAUACCUAUAAUGAGUAACCACAGAGCAACGCCUUAAACAUUAAUGUAACCAAAAUAAAAUGAGCGUUAGCAGCUGUCCGGAGACGGGUGUUAGUAGAUUUUUAAUUUAUCCGUAUAUUGUUUGUAAUAAUUUAUUAUAUGUUUAGGUAGUUUACUACGUGUAUGUUUGUACAGUCGAUGAAUUUUCUAUUUCGUAUAAAUUCUGUGUAUGCUUUGCUUUGUGGUGGGAAAAUUAAAAUUAAAUAAUAUACCGAAUGACGAGAGCACUUGAUGCGAUGGCAAAAAUGAGAAAAAUAUCACAAAUCUUUUCACUUGUCAAAUUUGUUUAACAGUAGCGACGCCCUCAUCAAGCCAUAUAAGUUUAUUCCUCUAUAUCUGUAUUUAAAAAAACCCGCCUAUUAAGUAUGUGAAAGUUCUUUAUUAUAGAUUUUGUGACAACAUUAAAAGAUAUUUAGUACAAAUACACUUCACCGCUACCAUAGCAAAGCAUACCUUAAACAAAUUUACAUAACCAAGCUUUUUUUCAAGUCGGUUUAAAUAUGUAGAUAUUUUUUAUUUGCAGUAGGUGUAAUCGUAUGAAAUUAAUAAUUUGUAGUUUUACCACCCACCUUUGUUAUAUAUGGUUUGUAUAUAUGUAAUGUUUAUAUUGUUUUAUCCUAUCAGACUUACGGGUUUAUGUAAUAUUGGGCUAUAUAAACAUUUUAGUUUUUAAACUUGUAUAAAAAAAUCAUAUGAUCAAAUGAAAUGUUAACUUUAACAGCAUUGGAAUAUUUUAAAAGCAUUUUCGUUUUAUUUUCUAAACAAAUCACAGUUAAAAUUAUUAAACAAUAUGAGACCAAAAUUGGACAUGCAUAAAGGUAAAAAACAAAAUUCUAUCAAAAUUGCAGCUUAACUUUGAAAAAUUUUUGAUACACUACCGAAAUUAACUCUAGACCUGACGUUUGACCCCCUCCCUUUCGCGUUUCACCCUCCGCGUUUUGUUGCUUCUGUACGAUUAGUACUUUCGUUGCGAUUCCUGUCGUGAUAUUUUCGUUGCUUGUUUUGCACACCGUACCAGAGGGGAGACGUGACAGACGACAGAUCCAGUGUUAACCAAGCCGGGUAGUAAUGAUAGAAAUUAUACAGUCUCUAAGGAAAGUAAUUUUGAACGAACUACAUUUUUUUACCAUUGCAAUACCAAAUAGUCAAGAUUGGUUGAUAAACAGCCAGUGACCCCCGGUGUUGCUAGCCGACAGGAGACAUUUUGUGUCUUCAUUUUCUUAACAGACUGUGUGCAUAUAACUCUGGCCUGUACAACUAUUUAAUAUUUUAGUAUUAACGUAAUAUUUUGUAUAUAUAUAUAUAAUGCCAGAAGCAUUUUAUGGGAUUUACAUAAAAUAUGAUUUUAAUGAUAUUUUUUUCCUUCGAGAAAGUCUUUUUAGUAUAUUUAUGAUUGAUACAUAUUUUGUUGUUAUAAUUUAUGAUAAUCGUGUUGUUUUAAUGUAUUUGUGUGUCCGUACAGUUGGACAAUAUAGGAGUACGAUUUCUGUUAUGAUUUAGAGAAAUAUAUAUUUUUUCGUUUAGUAGUCAGAAUAGCGUUUCAACGCUUCGGUUGUAAAUUAAAAUCGUAGUUAUAGAGAUGACUAAAAAUGUAUAUUCUACUUUAUUCUGCCAGAUAUUUUUUUCUUAAUGCUCUGUGUAGUCGAAGAGCACGAUAACACAACGAACGGUUUUUUUGUCACAACUGUGAAUUAGUAACAAGCUAAUAGAUAGCCAAGCGUUGAGAUAGUGGCUCAUGUCUCCCUUUACUAAUUAAAAUAUUCCAUGUAGGAUUUAUAUAAAAAAAAAAAACGAAAAACCAAUAAUUUUGAUUUCACGUUCAUAAAACACCGGAAUUUAGUGUAGU